AUGCCUAAAAGAUCAAGAUCUCAACUUUCUAGAAAUAGUUCCCAGGCCAGGGCAUCAAAAAUACGUCGAAAUGAAGAAUCUUCAUCAGAAACUGAAAAUCGUCUUUCAAUUCAUAGACAAUAUGUGGCACAAUCGCGUGCUAGAGAGUCGAGUACCGAGCGUUCGCAACGGCUCGCUGAACAAAAUAUGAGAACCGCUCAAAUACGCGCGCGAGAAUCCAGUUUGCAGCGUUCUCAACGGCUCGCUGAACAAAAUGUGAGGACUUCUCGAGUCCGCGCGCGAGAGUCCAGUCUUGAGCGUUCAGAGCGACUAGCUGAUCAAAAUUUGAGAACCUCUCAAGCACGCGCGCGAGAAUCGAGUCUUGAGCGUUUACAGCGUCUAGCUCAACAAAAUUUGAGAACCUCUCAGGUACGCGCGCGAGUGUCCAGUCUUGAGCGUUCGCAGCGCCUUACUGAACAAAAUCUAAGAACCUCUCAUGUGCAUGCGCGAGAGUCAAGUACUCAGCGUUUGCAGCGGCUUGAAGAGCAAAAUAUCAGAAAUAUUCAAUCUCGCACUAGGGAAUCAAGCUCUGAGCGUUUCCAACGCCUUCAAGAUCAGAGAGAACGACAACAGACGUCAAGAGCGAGAAGUCGCAAUCAAGUUUUAGCCCACAGUAAAAGAUCGGCUUUUAGAUACGAUCCACAGAUUGAUUAUGCUCAACAGUCUUCCAUCCAAAUCGGCGACAUGAAUAAGAUCUGCCCUAAGUGUUCAGCCAAAAAAUGGGUCGAUGAAACUAAUGGCAUGUGCUGUGCUUCUGGAAAAACAGCACACCCGGGUAGAUACAAUGCUCCAGCUGUAAACGAGGUAGCCGUUCUCUUGGUUGACGAAGAAAAAGGCCCCAGAGAUAUAGUGCUCCACGGAAGAGACGGCCAACUUAAAAGGGUCUCUGAGUUACACCGAUCGUAUGAUCCACUACAGUAUCCCUUAAUGUUCGUGAAAGGAGAAGACGGUUAUUAUUUAACCAUUCCGCAGGAAGGUACAGCGCGUAACAAAACUGUGACGUGCAUGCAAUUUUAUGCAUUUAGGUUGAUGGUUAGAGCUAACUGUUUUAAUGCAUUACAUUAUUACAGGGACUUAUUUAGUCAAUAUAUUGUCGAUAUGAUGGCAAAAAUGAUAUCGGAACGAUUGAAUUACAUAUGUCGUAACCAACAGAGACUAAGGGCUGAAGAAUACAUUCAUCUCAGAGAUGCUUUAAAUCAAGACGGAAAUGUUGACCCAUCAAAUAUCGGUCAACGCGUAAUCUUGCCAUCUUCAUUUACAGGUUCUCCGCGUUACCUGCAUGAAAAAACCCAAGACGCGAUGACUUAUGUCCGAAAUUACGGGAGACCAGACUUAUUUGUCACAUUUACGUGCAACCCCGAAUGGCCUGAAAUUAAAGCGGAACUACUACCUGAUCAGCGAUCUUUCGAUCGUCAUGACAUCAUUUCAAGGGUGUUUCAUUUGAAAAUGAAGAAAUUCUUAAAUUUAUUCGUUAAAAAUGAAAUAUUCGGCAAAGUGAAAUGUUACAUGGCAAGUGUAGAAUGGCAGAAGCGAGGUUUACCACACUGUCAUUUGCUGUUUUGGCUAGAAACAAAAAUCCAACCAGACGAAAUUGAUAGCGUCAUAGUUGCGGAACUGCCCAACCAACAAAACGAUCCGAUAUUGUACGAUAUCGUAACAAAAAAUAUGGUGCACGGACCAUGCGGAGAACAUAACUUAUCAGCACCAUGUAUGAAAAACGGUAUUUGCACAAAAAAAUACCCACGACGUUUAGUCAACGAAACUCAGACUGGAGAGGACGGAUAUCCAGUUUAUCGUCGUCGUGAUGCCGCAAAUGGAGGACUGAGCGCUUCGCUAAAUAUCAGAGGCAGAAAUUUCACUAUAGAUAAUAGUUGGAUUGUCCCAUAUUCUCCACUUUUGUGCAGGACGUUUAAUGCUCACAUAAAUGUAGAGUACUGUCACUCAGUUCAAGCCAUCAAAUACAUUUGUAAAUACAUAAAUAAAGGAUCGGACCAAGCUACAUUUGGCGUCAGAAACCCAAAUGAUGAAGUGGAAAACUACGUAAAUGGCCGUUACAUAAGUACUUCCGAAGCUGCUUGGCGAAUAUUCGAAUUCCCGAUCCAUGAGCGGCAUCCUACAGUUUUGCAGUUAGCUGUCCACUUAGAAAAUGGCCAAAGGGUGUAUUUUACCACAGAAACGGCUGUACAAGUGGCCCAAAAUCCACGUAAAACAACAUUGCUGGCUUUUUUUGAGCUCUGUAAUGAAGAUGAAUUCGCAAAAACACUUCUUUACCACGAAGUCCCGCAAUACUACACAUGGGCCAAUAAUAAGUUCACCAGAAGGAAGCGUGGUGAGAAUGUAGUUGGCUAUCCAGGCAUAAAAAAAGAUUCCGCUUUAGGUAGAGUCUACGGUGUCCAUCCUUCUCAAUCCGAGUGUUUCUAUCUUAGGAUGUUGCUGCACCACGUACGCGGUCCAACUUCAUUCCAGUACUUGAAAACUGUUGACGGAGUUCUGAAAGAAACGUAUCAAGCUGCUUGCCGUGCUAGAGAUAUUAGACACAGAAUCAGACAGCAAAAUCAAGACAUCACCUUACCAUACAAUGAGGACAUUUAUAACGAAGGUUUGAUACAAAUAGAAAAUAAACUGUUGCAAUUAAAUGACAAAAGCCUAAGUGAUUUCGGAUUACCAUCAUCAGUUCGUACAGAAAGCAAUGCAGCAGAGACUAUGACUCAUCGCUAUGAUACAAAUAAUUUGACCGCUUUUGUCAAUGAAAACCUGCCAAAGUUAGUCCCAGAUCAAAGACAUGCUUUUGAAACUAUAGUCGAUAGCGUCAUUCAUGACAAAAGAAAAGUUUUCUUUUUGGAUGCACCUGGUGGAACGGGAAAGACGUUUCUUGCAAAUUUGAUACUUGCUAAGAUAAGACAAUCAGGGAAGAUAGCAAUAGCAGUUGCUUCCUCAGGAAUUGCCGCAACUCUCUUGAAGGAUGGCAAAACUGCUCAUUCUACUUUUAAACUUCCACUAUCCGUCAAUCUUGAACAACAAUCUACAUGUUCCAUCCGCAAAAAUGGACCUAUUGGUAAAUUACUACAAGACGCCUCAUUGAUUAUGUGGGACGAAUGCACGAUGAGCCAUAGAGCACAUAUAGAGGCCGUGAACAGAACCUUACAGGAUCUAAGGAACUCCUCUGCAGUCAUGGGCGGGAUUACUUUUGUAUUUGCUGGAGAUUUUCGACAGACUCUCCCCGUUAUUAACAGAGGCACGCGAGCAGAUAUCAUCAAGGCAUGCUUGAAAUCGUCUCCCUUAUGGACUACGAUUGAAACAUUAAAAUUAAGGACAAAUAUGAGAGCUCAUCUUCAUGGAAUCACUGAUAGCGAUUUCCCACAGCAACUGCUAAAACUUGGGGAAGGAAUUUUUCCAACUCCAAAUUUAAGCGGUCAUUGUGACAUUCUUCUGGAUGAGUCUCUAGGCCAAAUACUCCAUAAUUUGGAAAAUUUAAUAGAUUCUGUAUACCCUGACAUCGAGAAUUUGCACGAAAGAGACUUCCAUUGGCUGUGUUCUCGGGCUAUAGUAUCACCUAAGAAUGAUACUGUCAAUGAAAUAAACAAUCUGAUUGUUCAAAAAGUCCCCGGCCAAACAAAAACAUACAAAUCGAUCGACACUGUAACGAAUAUUGAAGAUGCAGUCCAUUAUCCACAGGAAUUUUUAAAUUCGUUGAACCCUUCUGGACUGCCACCCCAUGAAUUGACGUUAAAAAUCGGAAUCCCAAUCAUGCUUUUAAGAAAUUUAAACCCUCCGAGCAUGUGUAAUGGGACGAGGCUGCUUAUUAAGGAGUUAAAGGACAAUUUAAUAGUAGCAACUAUUAUCACUGGCCCAGCAGGUGGUCAACUAGCUCAUAUACCGAGGAUACCGAUGAUCCCAACUGAUCUGCCAAUCCCAUUUAAACGGCUUCAAUUUCCGUCACUAUGCGAUGCUGCUUGGUUAGCUAAUUACUACGUCGCAGAAAACCAGCGACUCGCCGCGUUCUGGACUACAAAACAGCAGAUUGUAAUAGGAUGCGUUCCUUUUUGCGUCCUACCCUUGGGGAAAGUUAAGUAA